UUAAAGCCGUGAUAUCUUGGUAGAAUGACUAUUAUGAAAUACCAUCCUGAGCGAUUCUUGGUGCAGAGCCCGAUCCCAGCCCGAUCAAGUUCUCCGUACGCGAGUUUUCGGGUUCGCUGAUUCACCCGCCCGUUCCUCGAGCCCUACCGAAACAACUCGCUGACAGCCCUGUUCUCUAAUUCAAUUCGAUUGUCUUGAAAAACCGAUCACUUUUGUUAGCCCUCGUUCAUACGUGGUACGGAUAGCUUCGCCCACUCCUGAGGACUGAAUAUGAGGUGCUGAAAUGGAUCCUGAAGAUAUAGCUCUUCCCGAGAGCGAAAGCGUGGAGGACAUUGCAUUGAGCUCUUUGGAUGAACUGUUACUGCACUCUGACUCUUACAACCGCACAGCUGCAGAUGCAUUAUCAGCUUCAGGUGGAUCUAUUGUUCUUCCCCCUUCGACGGCAGCAUCCGUUGCCUCUUCGCUGAUAGUCCUUGAAGAAAGUGAACGCAAAAGAGAACAUACAAGGCUAAUCACGACCUUGCAACGACAUCAUGAUGAGUAUGUCCUGUCCAUAUGGUCCAGACUAAGUAGCCUUCCUCGCCUUGAUGCUUUGAUCAGGAAUCCUGUUCAGGGGGUAACACUGGAUCAUAUCUUACGAUGUCACGAUUUCACUGCACAAGGAAGGUCAAGGAGGGUAUCACUCAAGGGCCUCUUCGAAGCUCCACAGACGGUCGCGAGAGACGUGGUGAUGAGGGUUGUGACGAUGGAAGACAUGGACGUUUUGUUAGCCUCAGCUUUGGGCCAGGCCUACCACAUUGAUCCUAAGUUCUUCGAGGCCCAUCUGACUGGUUCCGGUUGCGGUGAAAGAAUUGAUGAAGAAGACAAUAAAUUUGCCGUGAAAUGGCAGAGUGGGAAGGCACACAGGAGUUUUCGGUCUAUACGCUGGCUUCGCCCGGUCUCGCCGCAGUUAUUCAUCGAUCGGAACAUGAGACGGCAGAUCAUUAAAAAAUCAACACCGGAGCUACCUUGCAUAAUCGGACCGUGUUCCAAGAAAAAACAUCAGGUCUGGACCGAGAAAAGUGUGUUUCGGAGAGCGCAGAACCUUUCCUCGUCGGUUGAUUUGACGGAAACGGAGGAUGCUACGGGUGCUUGGGAGGAAAGACUGUCUGUUUGGAGAUUCAUGGACAAAGACUGCGAGUUUUAUGUUGUCCUUGUCGAUCCGUUACCCGCCAUCCGAUAUAAGGUCAAGCUGGAAGUGCGAGAUAAGUCUGCUCCAAAACAGCUCCUCAUGGGAAAGCGGCCCAGCCGUCACGCAUCGAAGUUCGCAGCAGGAGAGGAUGAAAAGCGAGGAUUCUCGAAACAGAAAACGCUCCAAGAGAUUGCAGACAAUGAUCACGGAGAUCCGGGAGACAUUAUCCCGUUCCGAUCCAGAUCAAUUCGAAGCGACCUCGACUUUCAUCUAGAUGACUUCGUGCCAGACACGACACGAACGGCGACAUCUACGUUGGCUGCGUUUGAGGCCCUGGUAGCAAAGGAAACCCAGGAAGGUAAGAAGCCAGAUAUUGGACACAUAUUUUUUCACAUCCUAUACCACGACAGCUUGGCUCUCGGCCAGGCCAUGCGUGGAAGUCUCGAAGAAACUCGCGCUCAAAUUGUGCACAUCACAAGUUACGAACUUCAGCAGAACUCGCUGCGAUGGAGAACGUUGUUCUUCCAGUUCCACUACGAACUGCAGCACAUGGCGGAGCAGAUGACCGACCUACUUGACUUUCUGUAUAGAGACCAUUCCCAGGUCCCUGAACGAACCAAGAGACUAUGCGAUGACGGAAAGAAGCUAUUGAACGAAACCAGCGACAAAGUAGACCGUACAAACGACUACUUACGAGUGGAACUAGACAUCCUCGAGAGGAGACGCAGCAUCGAGCAAGCGGAGAGUGUUGCGAAACUCACUGAGCUCGCAUUUAUUUUCAUCCCUUUGACGUAUGCCGCCAGUCUGUUCAGUAUGCAAAUUCGCGAAGUUCAAGACUCGACCCCAACACUUUCCAUCUUCGUUGGAGUUUCUCUAGGGCUGCUGUGCACCGCAUAUGUUGUUCGGCUCAGUUUGCGAAGCAAGAUUACGUUAUCUGUGCUGGACAGAUUUGUCAAGAAUGUUAGAGGUUUUGCCAACCUUCCUGAGGGCGCUGCCGUCCCAACCCGGUAUUUUCUGCAUUGGUUUUUACAUAUGCUCCAGAAUAUCUUCAAUUGGCUCAUGUUUGGACCUCACCAUUUGGGGGAAUGUUUCAGCUUCGGAGUCAUUGUGCUAGCACUUCUUGUUCCUCUGAUCUUCUUCUGGAGGAUGCAACACGACGUUGGCUUCAGCGUUGCGAUAACGGUCUUGAUGCUUAUGAUGGACGUGGGACUCUUGUGGCCAGUAUUCAAGUUCCUUAUGCCGUCGCUGAGCGAGCGUUUGGCAAAUUUUUUCGAACUCACCGAGGUCGAUCGCCCGAAGGUGGUCUACUCGUCACACUACAAACGCAAUGCCUGGGUAAUCAACAGGCCGCAAGGUCAGCAACAGGCCCAACGGCGGAAGAGGUUUUUCACAUCCGUACAGGAUGCUUGAAGAAGGAGAUAAUGCCGGUUCCAUAACUGCUCCCACCGCGCCGGACGAUCCAUCGUCCAAGAGACCUCGGUUCGACAUGAGAAUCGUAUCACAGCCCACGAACGCGUCGGUUUCUCCCACACAAUGAUUGUAACUCGACGAGCAUUUACUCAGUCAGCACAAACGACACUUCAGUUCCGUGUCCGUCCACACGACAGACACUCCCAACAAAUCCCAUCGUGCCUACACAACUUAUUGGAUAUGUAGUGGGAUGGCUAACAUGCCUUCCGUAGUUGGAACACAUUAAAGGGAUAAUUACUCGUCAAUCAUAUUAGAGAUAAAGAAUUCAGCUGCUCAAAGGGGAAGGAUGAAAGAAUUCACGGUAAUGUUGCUCCAUGUUACGGUACGGUAGCUGGAUGCACACAACAUACGCGUAGCCAAAGAUAU